CACUGCUCCGAAGGAUAUAAAUAAGUGAGCAUUGACCUAUCCCCUCAGAAUCUUAGUUUGGGAGAGCUGAGUUCUUCGGAUUUAUUUGUGUUCAAGGUUCUGGAUUUGGUUAUUCCCACAAUUCUUGUACAAUGUAUUUGAAAGAAGGUUGCUCUUUAUUGCUGAAGAUUCAGAAACCCCUGAUGCCCUUCGUACUAAAUUCAAGCCCCAUCAUCAAUCCCCGUGAGCCCAAUAAACAACACCUUCUGCACGAAUCCGAUGUGCUCAAACAAUUGAAGAAGGAACGCAAUCUUUCAUCGGCAUUACAAUACUUCUGCGCUGUAGCCAAUUCAAACGCUUUCAAACACACCGCAUCCACGUAUAAGCUCAUGAUUGAGAAGCUCGGCCGUGAAUGUCAAAUGGAUGUGGUGCAAUACAUUUUACAGCAAAUGAAGAUGGAUGGCGUAAAUUGCUGCGAAGAUUUGUUUGUAAGUAUAAUAAAUAGUCACAAACGCGCAGGCUCCGCCGAGCAAGCGCUAAAGAUGCUCUAUCGGAUUGGAGAGUUCGGGUGCAAGCCGACGGUGAAGAUUUACAAUCAUCUUUUGGAUGCGUUGCUGACUGAAAACAGGUUUCAGAUGAUCAAUCCCGUGUAUAUUAAUAUGAAGAAAGACGGAUUAAUUCCUAAUGUCUUUACAUAUAAUAUACUCUUGAAGGCACUUUGUAAGAAUGAUCGGGUUGAUGCUGCACACAAGCUGUUUGUUGAAAUGUCUAGUAAGGGCUGCCCACCCGAUGCGGUUAGCUAUACGACUAUGGUGUCUUCACUUUGUAAAGCGGGUAAGAUCGACGAUGCUAGAGAGCUAGCAGGAAGAUUUAAAUCAAGUGUUCCUGUUUAUAAUGCUUUGAUUGAUGGGAUGUGCAAAGAAGGAAGAGUUGAGGUAGCGAUCAAGUUGUUAGGUGAAAUGAUGGUAAAUGGAGUUGACCCUAAUGUGAUCUCAUAUUCGUGUAUUAUAAAUUCUCUUUGCGAGUCGGGAAAUGUUGAGUCGGCUUUUGCAUUAUUGGCUCAAAUGUUUUCUAGAGGUUGUAGUGCCAAUAUCCAAACCUUUACGCCAUUGAUCAGGGGUUGUUUCAUGAGAGGGGGAUUCUAUGAAGCUCUUGAAUUGUGGAAGCUUAUGAUAAAGGAUGGUUAUGAGCCAAAUGUAGUCGCUUACAACACUCUUAUUCAUGGUCUUUGCAAUAGUGGGAGUUUGGUAGAAGCCUUACAAGUAUGUGAUCAGAUGGAGAGGAGUGGCUGUCUCCCUAAUGUAACUACUUACAGCACUCUAAUUGAUGGUUUUGCAAAAGCUGGUGAUUUGGUUGGUGCAUCUGAGACAUGGAAUAGAAUGAUAUCCCAUGGUUGUUGUCCUAAUGUGGUGGCCUAUACCUGCAUGGUGGAUGCCCUUUGUAAAAACUCGAUGUUUGACCAAGCCAAUUCUAUUAUGGAGAAGAUGACUCUUGAGGGCUGUACUCCAAAUACUGUAACAUUUAACACGUUCAUCAAAGGUUUGUGUAGAAAUGGAAGAGUAGAAUGGGCAAUGAAAGUGCUUGAUCGAAUGCAAGGACAUAGGUGUCUCCCUAAUAUCACAACUUACAAUGAGUUACUUGAUGCUCUAUUCAGGACGAACAAGUACGUAGAGGCUUUUGGGCUUUUCCAGGAGAUUGAAAAGGGAAAUUUACAGCCAAACUUAGUGACUUAUAAUACCAUUUUAUAUGGUUUUUCUCGAGCUGGCAUGCUUGGAGAGGCGUUGCAACUUUUUUGUAAAGUACUUGUGGGGGGCACUACCCCGGAUGCCAUCACAUAUAAUACUAUGAUACAUGCCUAUUGCAAGCAGGGGAAGGUUAAGACUGCAGUUCAGCUGGUGGAACGAGUUAGAACUAUGAAGGAGUGGCGUCCAGAUAUCAUCACAUACACUAGCCUCAUAUGGGGUGCCUGCAAUUGGAUAAAUAUAGAAGAAGCCAUUACUUAUCUUCACAAGGCAAUGAAUCAAGGAAUCUGCCCCAACUUUGCCACAUGGAAUGUAUUGGUUCGGUGUUUCUUUGACUCUUUAGGUCAUAUGGGUCCAAUUCACAUUUUGGACGAUAUUCUGGGAAAGCGGUAAGAUGGUGAGUUUGAAAGACGUUCAUAAAACCAAUUUCAGAUGUAGUUGUGACCCCAGGUUACGUACACACUGAGAGAUUUUUGCUUGAACACACUUGUAGAGUUCUUAAGGAUGCUUGGGCAGGUUAUGCUCUUCUUGGCUUGCUCUUUAAAUUGAAUAGCGGGGAAUCAAAUUCUAUGGCACAUGCCCAAUUGGAGCAACAUGCCAAUGUUGAGUUUUUCUGGCACCUUCUUGUUAUGAUGGAUGGUAUCUUCUCGCCCGUGUGAUGUUUAUUGCAAAAUGAAUCAACAAGGUAAUGUCAAUUCUUCAGGCAUCUUGAUGGGUCACCAUGCGUAUAUGUUUUCCCAUACAUGAUUUGCAAUAUAUUGUGCCGGGAAUCCACCUUUCGUUCAUUGUAUGGUUAAAUGGUUUCCACUACAUUCAUUUUAACGUGAUUUGUAGUAAUAAUGGAAGAAUCUGUCUCAGUAAAUAUUGAUUAUCAUUGGAAAAUCCCCUAGGAACACGAUCAUUACCCCCCACCAUACACGAUCUUGAGAAUCUUCUUGGUUGUUCUUACGUAUGAGAGUGAGUACUGUAUCAGGAAUCACGACUCUCCACAAUGAUAUGAUAUUGUCCACUUUGAGCAUAA